CGGCUUGAAUCUUUCAAACGGUAGACCCGCGACUGUCGGUCGGUUGUCGUUUAAAGCUAAGUGAUUAGCAUGCCCUCUUAAUAUGGGAAAAACAAAAAAAUAACUUUGUGUUGACUAGUUGUGUUUGCGAAGCUGCUCGAUCCAAAAAUGACUGACUGCUGCACAAGCAACAAACCGGACCAACAAGGUCCCUCUGAAGAUGGGAACGAUGACCUGUCCACAGAAUUCAGCACUUUACCACAACUACAGAAUUCUUGCAUAGAAGAUAAAGAAAAUCUCCAGGUUUACCUCAGAAUCAGACCCUUCACCUCCACAGAGAGCAGCGCUGGAGAGUCCCAGGACUGCGUUACCAUUGAACCCCCAGAUAGGGUUCUUCUGAAGCCUCCCAGUUCGUCCCUUUUGUCCAGACUCAGCGUGGAUAAAUCCUUUCCACAAACCGGGCAGCGCUUCCAGUUCUCCAAGGUUUACGGUCCAGAAACGACUCAAAGUGAGCUGUUUGAAGGCACCGUCAGAGAUCUGGUCAAAGAUGUUCUGGAAGGAGGAAAUUCUCUGGUGUUCACCUACGGAGUCACCAACUCUGGGAAGACGUUCACGUUUUUAGGUCCAGACAGCGAAGCUGGGAUCCUGCCGCGCUCCCUCCAUGUGAUCUUCAGCAGCAUCCAGGAGCACGUCUUCCAGGAGCUGAGCGUCAAACCGCACCGCUGCAGGGAGUUCAUGGCCCUGAGCUGGGAACGGCAGGCGGAAGAGGCGCUGUUCAAGAGAAACCUGCUGAAACAGUUCAGAGAGAAUGAGAAGCUCGGUAGCAGCCAGCUGAACAUCACCAACCAGAGUCUGCUUGAAGGCUCCAUGGCGACGGGGCCAAACGCAGCAGCUGAAGAGAAGAUCAGCCUGAAUGUGGACCCCAGCACCAAGUUCUCUGUCUGGGUCUCCUUCUGUGAAAUCUACAAUGAGAACAUCCACGACCUGCUGGAGGUGGCCCCCAGCGGAGCGCCCAGAAGGCCCGCUCUGCGGCUGUCACAGGACGGGAAGGGCAACGCCUUCAUCAGAGAUCUGCGCUGGGUCCAGGUGAGCAGCGCUGAGGAGGCGUACAUGGUGGUCCAGCUGGGGAGGAGGAACCAGAGCUUCUCCUCCACUCGACUCAACCAGCUGUCCAGCAGGAGUCACAGUAUUUUCUCCAUCCGGAUUCUGGGCGUGGAAGACGCUGACCCUGCUAGAGUCCGCACCAUCAGCGAGUUGUGUCUGUGCGACCUGGCUGGCUCUGAACGAUGCGCAAAGACCCAGAAUAUAGGCGAGCGUCUGAAGGAAGCCGGAAACAUCAACACCUCGCUGCUCAUCUUAGGGAAAUGUAUCAAAGCUCUGCGGCACAACCAGCAGGCCAAGCUCCUGCAGCACGUUCCCUUCAGGGAGAGCAAGCUGACCCACUACCUGCAGAGCUUCUUCUGCGGCCGAGGCAAAGCCUGCAUGAUCGUCAACAUCAACCAGUGUGCCUCCAUGUAUGAGGAGACCCUCAACGUCCUCAAAUUCUCCGCCGUGGCGCAGAAGGUUAUAGUCCUGAUCUCCAGGCCCCUCCCCAUCCUUCCCCGCUCUUCCUCCAUCCGAAGCACCGACAGGAGCCACCUGAGCAGCAGCAGCUCCUCCUCGCUGACCAGCUGGGAAACCAGCCUUCAGGAAGUUCAGGAGGAUGAAGAGGAGGAGGAGGGCAGUCUCCUGGAGGAGCUCGUGGACGAGGAGAGCGAAGACGAAGAUAAAAUCCUCAUCAGUAAAAGGCUGCAUCAGAGGCAGGUGGCGCUGUUCAGACAGCUGCAGGUCCAGCUGAAGAAGGAGCGGGCAGAGAACCUGACCCUGGAGGCCCGGGUCAGAGAGGAGAUCAGCAAAGAGUUCUCCCAGCUUUUCUCCAACAUGCAGAAUGACUACGAUGAGCGCCUGAACAGAGAGAGGGAGAUUCUGGAGGAGCGAGCCGAAAGGAGGCUGGAGAUCUUCAGGAAUCUGACGGAGAAGAUGUCCUCGGCUGCAUGCAGCUCAGAUGGACACAUGGACGGUUCUCUGAUCUCUGAACCGACAGGGAAACAGGAAACCACGGAGGCUCCUUUCUGCUCGGGUUCAGGUGGAACUGAUCACCUGGAUGACAGAACCGGUGCUGAGGAGAGAUUAGAGAUGAAGCCUCCGGAUCAUCAUCAGAACCAUGAGACCAAAGGUGAAGCUUCAGAAACCGAGGAAGAAGAAAGGCAGCGGCUUCUUCUUGAGCUCCAGGCGAAGUCUCAGCGAGUGGCUCAGCUGGAGGAGCAGAUGGAGGAGCAGCAGCUGGAGGAGCAGCUGGAGGAGCAGCUGGAGGAGCAGCAGAGGAACCCAGAGAAAGUCCCACAGGAUGGAGAUCAGCUCCAGGCAGCUUUAGCUGCUCUUAACAAGGAGAGGACCCAGAGAGAGGAGAUGCUGGCUGCUCUGGAGUACCAGACUUUGGGAAAAGAGGAGGCCUUGGCCUGUUUACAGGAGGAGAGGAAAGCAAGAGAGGAGGCCGUCGUUGCUCUGGAGGAGCUGAGGAGGAAGAGAGACGAGCUGCUGGCGUCGCUUGAAGAGGAGCGACAAGAGAGAGAAAAGACCACAGCUGCUCUGGAAGCAGAGAGGAGAAACUUUAAGGAGGCCAGCAGGCCGGAUCAGGACAACCAGCAGAAGAUGCUGCAGCAGGAAGUCGACAAACGCCAGGAUCAGACGGAGAGCCGCCUGAAAGCUGCUGCAGCAGAGCUGGAAGAAAAAUCCAGUCAGAUCCAGAUCCUGACCCAAGAGGUUCAGAGACUGCAGGAGCUGCUGCAGACCUCAGCUGGUUCUGCUGAACUGAACCAGAACCAGCUGAUGGAGGAAAUCUCUGAGCUCAGGAAGAGUCUGGCUGAGGAGAAGAAGAAAAACGAGACGAAGCAGAAACUAAUCCAGGAGCUGGAGGCGGCAGAAUGCAGACAGCAGGACUCUGACCAGCAGAGGGAGCUGUUGGCCAACAAAAUGAAGGAGACACAAGCUGCUUUGGAGCAGCAGGUCCAAGAUCUCAGAGUCCAGCUGGACUCCCAGAGGGAAACCUCCCAUCAGGAAGCAGAUCAGCUGAGAGAGAAGAUCCAGGAGCAGGAAGAGACGCUGAAGGAGCUCAGAGCUCAGCUGGAAUCCCAACAUCAGAGCAGCAAGCAGGAGGCGGAGCGGCUGAGAGCGGCGCUUCAGGAGCAGACGCAGGCCUCGGAGCAGCAGGUGCUGCAGCUCAACGAGAAGCUGCAGGAGCAGAAGGUCUCAUUGGUGGAGGAGCUAGAGCAGAAACUGAGGGAAGAAACAGCUGCAUCCAUCGAAGGACAGGAGGAACUGAAGCAGAAGCUUAGAGAGGAGCAGGAAGCUGCUGAGAAACUCAGGAAGGACUUAAAAGAAGCUCAGCUCCACAGCGCCACCGUCUCAUCCAGCGCUGGAGACCUCCACGGAGCAAACUCUGACCUCCAGAGGGAAAUUACAUCGCUGAAAGAAGAGCUGGUGGCAACCAGAGAGGAGUCCUCUGAGUGCAAGCAGAUGAUGAAGGAGAAGGACCAACAGAUGCAGGAGAAACUGGCUCAGAUGGAGAAAGCAUCUGCUCAGAGGGAAGCAGAGCUCCAGGAGAAGCUGCAGGAAGCAGAGCAGCAGGUCAGCGCUCUGCAGAAGAGCCUGCAGGAAGCAAAGGAGCGGCGUGAAGAGGAGGAGUGUCAGGCUGUUCAGGAGGUCCGGAGAAAAGAGACGGAGAGGCGGCGUGAGCUGCUGGCUGUGGCUCAUGAAGCCGUGGCUCAGAAGGACGCAGAGCUGGAGAAGAAGGCUGAGGAGCUCAGCAGACUAAAGGAGAACGCUCAGCAGGAAGCAGCGAAGGUGAAGAACCUCAGCCUGGAGCUUCAGAGGAAAGAAGACGAGCUCUCAGGGCAGCAGGAGAAGCUGGCCGACUACAAGAAGCAGAUCCAACAGGUCCAGAAGGAGAUCUCAGCCAGGAGAGAAGAGGAGAAAGCUCUCCAGCUGAAGCUGGCUGACGUGGAGAAGGCCAAGAAACAGCUUCAGUCGGACCUGAGCAUCAGAGACAGAACCAUCCAGCAGCUCCGAGGGGAAAAACCCGACACUAAAUCUGAUCAGACGCUGCAGCUCUAUAAGAAGGCCUGUGAAGAGCUGGAAGCCAAGCAGAGAGUUAUAGAGGACAUGCGUCUGACUUUGACUGAGCAGGAGAAGACGGAGGAGCAGAUGGAGGAGGUCCUCGAAGGGAAGAUGGAUCUCAUCCAGGAGCUCUCUGCUGAGGUGGAGAAACUGAAGGGGAAGUUGCUGCAGCAGAACCAUGAAACUCCUCUUCAUGGAACCGACGGGCCAUCAGAGGACCUCAGAUUAGCUAAAGAUGAAGCUUCACAAGCUCAGGAGAGCUUAAAGGCCUUCAUGGAGAAACAGCAGGCCGAACGCAAGAAGUGGCAGGAAGAGAAACUGUCUCUGAUUGGUCAGGCCAAGGAGGCAGAAGACAAAAGGAAUCAGGAAAUGAGGAAGUUUGCAGAAGACAGGGAGCGUUGCUGUCGCCAGCAGAACCUCUUAGAGUCCAAGCUGGUGGAGAAGGAGAAGGCCAUGGAGAGCUGGAGGAAGGACAGGGACGCUCUGGUUGCAGCUUUGGAGGUGCAGCUGCAGAAGCUGCUGUCCAGCCAAGCAGAGAAAGAUCAGCUCAUUAAGGAGCUGCAGAAGCAGAGCUCAAAGCAGCCAGCAGAGGUUAAUGACGGCGGGAACUCUCCCCGAGUGGCAGAGCUGCAGGCAGCUCUAAAGGAGAAGGAGGCAGAGAUCCUGCUGCUGAAGGAAACGCUGCAGGCCUCAGAUAAACAGAGUGGGAAUUCUACUGUUCUGGCUGAGAAACCAAAGGCUGAAACCAGCAUCACUAAGCCAGAGAGGAUGGAGACCAGAGCCUCAGGCAGCAGCCGGGGCUCGUCUGGCUUCCCCUCCGUCCUUGAGUCGUCUGAGAUUUCCACAGACAACGGCAGAACGAGCCGCUUCCCGCGCCCAGAGCUGGAGAUCUCCUUCAGCCCCCUGCAGCCAAACCGGAUGGCCCUGCGGCGGCAGGGGGAGGAGGGCGCCGUCACCGUUAAAAUCACUCGCUCGGCACGCAAGAGGAAGAGCGGAGAGAUGGAGAAGUGUCACAUUUUCAAGAGGAGUAAACGGAGAACACCACAAGAGCAGGAGGAAGUGGAGGCAGAGAACCGAAGGAACACCAAAACCAAACUCACGCCGAAGCGGACCCCACAGAAAGAAGAGAGCUCCUCCCCGGCGCAUCGCCAUGACUCCAAGACCACCGUCCGCAGCAGGAAGGACGGGACGCUGCAGAAGAUUGGAGACUUCCUGCAGAGCUCCCCAACACUGCUGGGCUCUAAAGCCAAGAAGAUGAUGAGCCUGGUCAGCGGUCGCCUAGAUGCAGAUUCAGCAGCUUCCUCUUCCUCCCACAGUCUGAGGGCAAAGAGGAGCAGAAAGAAACUCUACAGGCCAGAAAUCUCCUGCCCCAUGGAAAUGCCCCCCCAUCCAAUGAUCAACCAGGAGAGGGACGACAGCGAGAGCGACGAUCAGAUCAUCAAACGGCGCCUGCGCUCCAGAGUGGCUAAAUGCUAACGCUGAUCCGCUGCGUUUCUGUAAUACUGUUUCAAUGAAGCUGCUUAUGAUUAUUUAGCACAUUUUCUUUCUUUAAUCACUUUAAAAGCUGAACAUUAGAUCCUCAGUGGGAGAAUCUCCAUAAAUAAGAUCAACACUAAAAACCUCCUGCUGGACGUUUGGUUUCAGUCUUAGAUGCUAAUGAUUUUAUUCCACCAAGUAUUUACGUUUAUUUUUCUUUACUUUGGAUCAAAAAGCUCCGCCUUCAUGAAGCACUAGCACUCAUUCUGCUUAUAUAUGAGGUGCAAUCAUUAUGAUUAUUUAACCUUUCCUUCCUAGAGAGCUGCUAUAAA